AUGACAGACGUCUCGUCGAUUCAGGCGUAUGCUGAUCAUCAGCCGGCUCCUCUCGCCCUCUACGCUGGCCCACCACCACCCACCUUCGCGACCGCCUCGCCUCCACUAGAAGCCACCAUCGAGGAAGAAGAGUCAUCCACGAUAAAGUGCAUCUGUGGAUACUCCGAUGACGAUGGCAACACGGUAUUGUGCGAGAAGUGCGACACGUGGCAGCACAUUGUUUGUUACUACGAAUCUGCCCAACACGUUCCCGAUGUACACGAGUGCGCAGACUGUCUCCCGCGAGCCAUCGACUCAAAAAGCGCUUCUGAGAAGCAACGCCUCCGAAGAGAAGUACAUAGCAUCGGCGAGCGCAAAGGCAGACCGAAAGCAUCAACCAAGAACCCUAAGAAGCGAACCAAGGAUACCCACGGCCCCGUACAAUCUAAUGGCUGGCCAAUGCAAACUAACGGGGACCUUCAAUACACCCCUGAUCGGAAGAGUGGUAGCCCACGAGACCAGCCACCGCCCAACAAGCGUCCCAAGACGAGCCAUCGUCCUUCUGGAUCCGUGGGCGUUGUUAGCCAAGCGCCAGCUCUCGUGCCAACAUCACGAAAACGAGGCGGCUCGGUUAUGCUCAAUGGCCACAGUCCUGUCAAAUCACCCACGAACCCAGAGGCUCCUAUCGAGGACUACUCGUCCGAGUUCAUGCACCUCUAUCGACAACCCGAACCACCCUCAGCUGAUUCCAACUCGUACACCCGCAUCGAUGUCGCAAACGACAUAGCUAUGUGGCUCCAAGACCCGGAAGCCCUUGCCGAAGCAAGUGGAGGGAAGAAACCACAAGACAUUUUCUCACGCAUUGAUAUUACUAUUCAGGAACUCGAAACGUCAACUGCGCCAGAGAUCGUGAAACAGACAGAUGUCGACUCGGGUAUACUAGCGCAUGGCCUGCACCCACAAUGGCACUUCAUUACCGCCGAGACCCCAGUACCAGACGGUGGCUACGUUGGAGAGCUCAAAGGUCUCAUCGGACGAAAGGCAGACUACUAUUCCGAUGCAUCCAACAGAUGGGACUUGCUCCGACACCCCGAACCCUUCGUCUUCUUUCCUCCUCACCUACCAAUAUACAUUGACACCCGUCGGGAAGGCAACAUUCUCCGAUACUCACGAAGAAGUUGCAACCCGAACAUGUCUAUGAAGAUUUUGAUUGACUCCAGCAACGACUACCACUUCUGCUUCUUAGCGACGCGCGAGAUCAGCCCGGGUGAGGAACUCACAGUUGGCUGGGACAUUGAUUCCGAAGUACAAAAGCAGCUUGCCAGAGUCGUCACCAACGGCGCCAAAGAAGGAUUCAAGAGAAUACAGCCUUGGGUUUCUUGCGUCUUAGCUAACUUCGGAGGCUGCGCUUGCGACACAUCCAACGGCAACGAGUGCCUUCUAGAGCGCGCUCGUCGCAACACGACUACAGAGCAACCCACGCUGAAGACCAAAGGCAAAAAGGUCAAAAAGUCUCAGGUUUCUCCUAUGAGUACGGGUCACGCAACCAACAGUCGUGCUGGUAGCGAAACUGCCAACCGUGAUACAAUCGACGAAGACCAAAUGGACGCUCGCUCUACGUCUGGCUCGCACAAGUCGAGCAGCCGCGACAUUACACCAGCAACCCACUUCUCGUCCUUGGAAGGCGAUAAACUCUCUGAGCGCGAAAAGAGGAAGAUCCAGCAUCAAGAACUUUUGUUCCAGAAGCUUGAUCACGAUGAGCACAAGGGCAAGAGGAAACGAACCAGUGCUGGAUCGAAUCUGAAUACUCCGAGCAUCUCUUCCUCGAGACGACUCGGACACCCUGAACCUUCGCCCUCGGCUCGCCAUCGCGAACAUAGUCACGGUGUAGCACGCAAAACAUCGGGGAGCUCUACAAAGACCAACGGCCGUCCUGCGCCCCGUCCAAAGCCCGUCUACGUCGACUCGUCGACGCAGACAGUUGAAGAUAACGAUGUAAAGUCACAAGCAUGCAUCAGGCCACGUCAAAUGAAGCCCCCGCUAUCCUUUAAACGUAAGCUUCUGCAGCAGGCGCAAGAGGACAAACUACAACGCGAGCGAAUGCGAUCCACGUCGGUCAAGAUGGAAGCCAAAUCGCCAGCUUUGAAGGAUGUGUCGUCAAAUAAGCCGUCGCCGCUACCACCAUCUCCACCCCUUGAGGAGCCUUCUGCGAUGGAUAUCUCUACAGAGCCUGCACCUGAUACAAGACACAAAGAGCUCACACCUGCAAAGGAGCCUAUGCCGCAGCCUCCAGUGGACGUAGAGAUGACUGACUCUGAGGAUACAACCGUCAAAAUCUCCGAACCGAAACAAGAAGAGCCAGCUGAGGUAUCUGCUCCGGAACCUCCCAAGGAAGCUCCAAAGGAGGCUCCUCAACCGUCAAUACAACCCCUCGACCCUCCGUGGUCAGCUUCGACGCCAGCUGAACCAUCUCCGAAAUCUACGACCGGCCUGACACCAAAGCCUGUGGAUCUUCAUGUUGAGAUGCCUGCGAAGCUCGAUUUGGUCAACGCCAGCAACAACCGCGCUGUCACCCCUGGAUCGACUUCUUCUAUUCUCAACGAAAGCACAGUCGCGCAAUCACCGGGCGCCUCCAUUAUUGCAUCGCCCUUCUCGCCUGCUGUAAACAACGCUGUCAAGCCUGCGCCAGCGCGCAAGAAGCUUAGUCUAAGUGACUACACCAACCGCAACCGAAAAACCAAGCUGGCGCAAACACAGUCGACUGGCUCGAACGCUACGCCGCCCCUAAAUUCGCAAUCGACAAGCUCGCCAACGUUAUCGACGGCUAGCCUGCCCAAUACGAACUCACCUCCUCCCAAGGCUGUCGAAGCGAUCCUCCCACCCGUUGCAGAGGAAGCGAAGCCGUCUGAAGUAUCCGUCGCGCCUACUAUGGCGACUACUUCUACUUCGACAUCAGCGACAUGA